GGACUCAGCUGGGCGGCCGCGCGGGAAGCUGGGACAAGAUGGCGACAGUGAGGCGGGAGCUGCCGCGGAGACUGGUGGGCUUGGCGUCCCUCCGGGCUGUCAGCACCUCAUCUGUGGGUACUUUCCCAAAGCGGGUGAAAAUUGUGGAAGUCGGUCCCCGAGAUGGACUACAAAAUGAAAAGAAUAUCGUACCUACCCCUGUGAAAAUCAAGCUGAUAGACAUGCUUUCUGAAGCCGGACUUCCCGUUAUAGAAGCCACCAGCUUUGUGUCCCCUAAGUGGGUUCCCCAGAUGGCUGACCACACUGAAGUCUUGAAGGGCAUCCAGAAAUUUCCUGGCAUCAACUACCCAGUCCUGACCCCAAAUUUCAAAGGCUUCCAGGCAGCGGUUGCUGCUGGAGCCAAGGAAGUGAGCAUCUUUGGAGCUGCCUCGGAGCUCUUCACCAAGAAGAACAUCAACUGCUCCAUUGACGAGAGUGUGCGGCGGUUCAGCGACAUCCUGCAGGCAGCUCGGGCAACCAGCAUCCCUGUGCGGGGGUAUGUCUCCUGUGUGCUUGGAUGCCCCUAUGAAGGGAAGAUCUCCCCGGCCAAAGUAGCUGAGGUUGCCAAGAAGAUGUACUCAAUGGGCUGCUACGAGAUCUCCCUGGGGGACACCAUCGGCGUGGGCACCCCUGGGGGCAUGAAGGAUAUGCUGUCUGCUGUCAUGUACGAGGUGCCAGUGGCUGCCCUGGCUGUCCACUGCCAUGACACCUAUGGCCAGGCCCUGGCCAACACCUUGAUGGCCCUGCAGAUGGGAGUGAGUGUCGUGGACUCUUCUGUGGCAGGACUUGGAGGCUGUCCCUAUGCACAGGGGGCAUCGGGAAACUUGGCUACGGAGGACCUCGUCUACAUGCUGGCAGGCUUGGGCAUUCACACGGGUGUGAACCUCCAGAAGCUCCUGGAAGCUGGGACCUUUAUCUGUCAAGCCCUGAACAGAAAAACCAGCUCUAAAGUGGCUCAGGCUACCUGUAAACUGUGAGUCCCCUGCCCACCCGAAGCCCUGGGGACUGUGUGGGACUAGGGGCAUGGAUGAUGCACCAAUGAGUACAUGGAAAUGGAAAUGAAAUUCACAGGAGGAGGCACCUCACCACCAGCCCUGCACAUAGGUCUGUCCUGGCAGAAAGGAGCCGACAGACAGGAGCUGCUUGGCUUCAGGCCCUCCCUGCCUGACCUGAGCAUGAGGGAGAGGCUUUGGGGGCUAGAGGUCUCCUUUCACCACGGACUCAGCAGUCAGGCGUUGAAUGCCUGAGGGCACUUGGGAACCCAAUUCCCCGGCUUGGGUUGAUCCUCAAGUCUCAUCUCUGAUGAAAUCUGCCAGCGGCUCCUCUACACAGCUGGGCCCUGCCGUAGCCUUGGGGCCAUUGCUCUCUGAUGUCACAGGGCAAAGGGCAGGAGUUUCUCCCCAGGCUGGCAGAGGGCAUUUGCUGAAGGGGUGAGGGCUGAGCUGCUGUGCUGGCCACCUGCCAACUCCAGCACUUCUGGAAAAUCUCCACUCUAUGGUGAUUUUUGAAAACAGUUUAUGUAAUUAAGGUUUAAUGACCCAGAACCA